AUGAAUGUCUCAACAAAAAAUUAUGAAAUAUACGAAAAUUUUGGAAUCCACCUAGAAUCAGAUAAUUUUUGCAGUGCUUAUAAUGGCUUUUCCGCGAAAAGUGAUAAAAAUCAUCAAGUAUCUUAUACUAAUGCGCGAAGCACAACUAGUAAUUACAAACAUCAUUCUACAACCUCUUUUGCAACUGAAUCGACAUCUUACAAUUCACAAUCUAUCGGUCAUAAUGCUAAUAAUGAACAACAGAUGAUUUUAGAACAAAAUCUACCAACAUUUGUUCCCCAACUUAAUAGACCUCCAAUUAAAGCACCUAGCAUGACUAAUGCUAACUCUCUCCAAAUACAGAUUGAAAUUCCCGGUUAUACAAUGAUUUUAAUUCCCAAAUCUUCCCCAUUGGCAAGUUUAACUGGUUUAGACGUGCAACAUCAACUUCAACCAAACAAUAAUUAUUCUUCUUAUUCGGUUAUUCCACCACAAUUAAAUCAAGAAAAGAAUUAUUCCUUUCCAGAAAAUGGAUAUGAAUCUACACCUUCUCCAUUGAAAAAUUUAACCAGUUUAGACGUGCAACAUCAACUUCAACCAAACAAUAUUUAUUUGGAUGAUUCUCCUUAUUCGGUUAUUCCACCACAAAUAAAUCAAGAAAAGAAUUAUUCCUUUCCAGAAAAUGGAUACGAAUCUACACCUUCUCCAUUGAAAAAUUUAACCAGUUUAGACGUGCAACAUCAACCAAACAAUAUUCAUUUGGAUGAUUCUCCUUAUUCAGUUAUUCUACCACAAUUAAAUCAAGAACAGAGUCAUUCCUUUACAGCAAAUGGAUACGAAUCUACACCUUCUCCAUUGAAAAAUUUAACCAGUUUAGACGUGCAACAUCAACCAGGCAAUGUUCGUUUAGAUAGCUAUUCUUAUUCGGUUAAUCCACCACAACACUAUUUUUCUGGUUCAGGAGAAACUUCUUUUUUUGAAAAUAUUAUUAACAAUCAUAAUCACGUUUCAAACAAUGUACAACCCAACGUCAACGAUAAAACUAUUAAUUAA